AUGCUCCAAAUUCAAACAAGAUCUGCUGAUUCUGUUGCUGCUCUAUGGCAAGCGGCACAAAUUUUAAAUGUACAACCACCUGGUAAUUGGAACAAUUAUGCACAUCCUAGUGUUACGACGGGUUCAACGGGAGCAGCUCAAGUUGGUAUUUCAACAGUCGAAAAUGUCAUGGCAUGUUGGCCCAUACCGGAUCAGUUUCUUCAUGACGCCGUUCAAAAUGUUCGAUUAUUAGUGAUUGCAGCCAGUGAAAGUUCUUAUACUGCUCAAGCUUUUGUCUUCAAUACUGAAUCGGGUGCUUCGUUGUCAUCAUUGAUUAUCGUUGCGAAUAAAAUCAAUUUACCAGCAGAUCCGAAUUCACCUGUUGCCAUACGUUACGUAGCAAUCAAUACUAAUGUAGGAGAAAUAAAUAUCAUCCAACAAAAACUUGCUGCGGAUCAGUUCGCCUGGUUUAAUCAACAAACAUUCAAUCGUGCAUUCAUAAUUGAUAAAUCUACUUUUAGUGAUCUUCAUCGUAAUCAAGUCGGUUUGGUUGAAGCAAUCGAUAAGUAUCUGUCGAACAAUGUUGUCAAAGCUGAAGUUUUAGCUCAAUACAAUGAUUCACUUCUGACAGCAUUACAAACAAAUGUUGCAUCACUAAAACUAUCAAUUCAAAAAUUAAAAUUAACAAAAAUUUCAAGUAAUCAUAUCCGAAUGUUUCUGGCAACAUUAGCCAAAGACUAUGGAUUCGAUGAUAUCUUUUCUGAUCCACAACAAUUACAAACAUCAAAAUUUUCCUACGAAAACAUCUUUACAAAACCAGUAGUUGGUGAACAUACGAAUCAAUCUAUCAAAUAUGUUUGGAUACUCGGUGAAAAGAUGAAUAAUUUAACAUAUACAAUCAAUUUCCUAUAUAUGGAAAUUAAUUCACAAGUUUUAAUUGAAACCGUAUUGCCCAACAAUACAAACACAUCACAGAUUGUUCAAGGUAGUAAACAAUUGAAAAUUGUGCGUACAGCUACAUUAACUGACGACGGUCACUUCAUUCAAGAACGUCUACUAACACCGCAGACAACAUGGACAUUACAAACGACUAAAGUUGCAUUGAAUAUUUUACGAUUCAUCAGCGCAAGUACUUUAGCUCCACAACGAAAUCGAAUGUUGUCGUAUUUUCAACCUGAAAUUAUCUCAAAAAGUCAUAACCGCAACAGUAAUGAUGAUACAACAUCAUCGAAUUCUAUAGAUAAAAUAAGCACCUUAGCAAAUGCUAUUUCUUCUAUUGCCAAGGUGGCCAAAGAAAUUUUCAGCAUCUUUAAGUCCAGUAGUAGUAGUACUAUUAUCAACCGAACUAUGCAAGCAGGUUUUAAACAUUUUGAUCAGAAAACAAGAAUUUUGAAAGUCCUCAAUAUGCCAGCUGAACGAGCAACAGAAUUUGUUAACGCCAUUAUUAUGGAUUAUAAUCUACCGUCUCAAGGAAGCUUUAUGCUAGGUUUAACAUAUUCAGAUGACUUUGCCUGGGAUUAUGUUGAAUAUCUUUACUCGCCGGACCAAAAUGGAAUCUAUCGUUCGUUAACCCUAUUCAAAAAUGGUGAUAGUCGAACGAAUACGGCAUCUUUUUACAUUGUCGAUAUCAAUGCUAAUUGGGAAAUAGCGCCUGACUUAUUGAUUAUUGAGAAACGUAAAAGUCGACUGGGUGGUCUUUUUGAAAAAACAACACAGUCAAUAGAGUAUGUUCCUCAUACGUUAACAUUCGACGAAGCUACUAGACUCAAAGAAUUCUUUACGCUUCUUGCAAUAGAUAAGAUGGCUGUUACUUUGGGUAUUAAAAUCCCAGCGCUACAAUUGAAAUAA